AGAUAAUUUCCGAAGACGAAUCCUUCGCAUCCCACGGAACAUUGAUUCCUCACACUGCUCAAUAUCAACAGAGCUGCGGACUAAGCAUUACGGAUCCAAAGUAACACUUGGUAGUUACAACAACAUCGAUAAGAAUCCUGCGCAAUACACACAUACAUAUUCGCUCGUCAAACAUGUCCACUACAGAGUCCCAAUCGUAUACCGCCGACAUACCCUCAGAGCGCGUUGUCAAGACCACGGAUACCAUCCACGUGGAACUCACCCCGCACGACCUUGACUCACUCGCUGCCACACGCUUCGUCCGCUCACCAUCAGCUGGUGCAACUGUCCUAUUCAUUGGCACUACACGCGACUCCUUCAACAAUGAGCCCGUGUCCUCUCUAGCUUACACAUCGUAUACUCCGCUCGCCAUCUCCACUCUCUUCAAAAUUGCGACCUCUAUUCUUGCUAAGCAUUCAUGCACCAAGAUCGCCAUCAUCCACAAGCUCGGCGAGUGUCCCAUUGGUGAAGAGAGUAUUGUGAUAGCAGUAUCAGCACCGCAUCGACAAGCUGCAUGGAGGGCUGGUGAGGAAACGCUAGAGGAGACUAAGGAUAGGGCUGAGAUAUGGAAGCUGGAAAGAUUCAAGGGCGGCGAGGGAGUUUGGAGGGCGAACAGGGAUGGGCAGAAGGGAGUGAAAGUAGAAGGCGGAAAAGAGGGUGUUGAAGCUAAGCACUGAUUCUACAAAAUCUUCCAAUACAGGGUGAGUGUCUUGUUCGUAGCAUUACAUGGAAGCUACCGGUGACAUCCAGUCUUACUGUUGUUUACACUAUUCUUACAGUCGUACUCGUACAUGGUAUUGUCCGUUAUUGCUUGUUGUCAGGAUCCGAGUUUUCUUCGUCCUCUAUUAUUCGCAUCUGCCCAGAUGCCGCUAUCAUCUCACUGAUAGUAUUCGGUACCUCAUCUUCAGACUCGUAUAUCCUGUCAUAGUUAAGGCGCCUUCUCAGGACUGCCCGAGCUUCCCUCAAAUUGGCGAUAUCAAAAGUCCACAUCGCCCCGCCCAGUGCCAUAAUUCCAACACUGACACAAUUCAUUGUUGCCAAAUUCAGAGCCUGGCAGGCAUCUGAAAAGGGACUAAAGUAUUCGUGGGGGUUCGUGUUCGCUUCGUAGAAUUUCGGCAUUACACGGAGUUGCCGCCGCCAAACAGCCUUUCGUGUUAUCGCAGUCGAUGCAAGGAGGCAUGCGCUUCCGAGGAAGUAUAUGGAGAGUUGCCGUAGGGAACGUGGUGAAGUGACAGGCGUGCCUUCGUAUGCGCUUUCAGACGGUGGUGGCGAAGGAGGAUUAACCGGGACAGCGCUUGGUCGGCCCAUCAUUCGUAAGACUGAAGCCUUCUGUAUGGUUUCCAUAAAGCCCCUACAGCCGUGCUAGUGGUGUAUGCGGAUGGGGCGGACCCCCGAACGAGUCUUUCGCAACCCCGAAGCCAAAGUAGCGAUUGCCAAUUGUCGUUUAGGUGAUGUCGUAUCGAAAAAAUCAGAUUGCACGUUUACCGUUGCUCAGAAUCGUGGGGUUGUGCGGCAAUGGCGU